UGAAGUUUGACACAAUGUACCACUUUAAACUUUGCAAAACACAGAUUAAAAGUGCAUUCAGCAAUUCUCCUAAAUUAUGGCCUUAACUUUAGGCAGAAUGUCGGUUGGUAAUGGCUUUCGGAGGGCAAUCCACCACAUGCGUUUAAACUCAGUGAAAGGACAAAGAUUUUAUAACACCACCGUUUCAAAAGAAGAGAGAAGCAGCGGUAACUCAGGUACAGGUGGGACGGUGGUUUCUGAAAGGAGGGGUGUGGUGAUGGUUAUUGGGAUUAACCGUCCUGAAGCGCGUAAUGCAGUAAAUCGAGAGACUGCUCAGAGACUGACUGAGGAGCUCACAGCCUUUGACAAGGACAACAGCCUUCAUGCGGCAGUGCUUUAUGGAGUCGGAGGGAAUUUCUGUGCUGGAUUUGAUCUGAAGGAGUUGGCCCAUGCUGGUUCCCUCAAACUGGAGCAAGAUGUCCGCUGUAAUCCUGGUCCCAUGGGUCCGUCUCGUAUGAGGCUCUCAAAACCCUUGAUCGCAGCAGUCAGUGGGUAUGCUGUGGCUGGAGGUCUGGAGCUGGCACUGCUGGCUGACCUGAGGGUGGUGGAGGAGAGCUCCAUCAUGGGCAUUUUCUCCCGCAGAUUUGGUGUUCCAUUGAUUGAUGGGGGUACUGUGAGAUUGCCUCAGCUGAUUGGUCUCUCUCGAGCUCUAGAUCUCAUUCUCACAGGCAGACCGGUGAAGGCGCAAGAAGCUUUAACAUUUGGUCUGGCAAACAGAGUGGUGCCCGAUGGCCAAGCACUUGAAGUGGCUCUUGAACUUGCCGAACAGGUCAGCGCAUUUCCGCAGCUCUGCCUCCGUGCCGACCGUAACUCCGCCUACCACGCUGUCUUUGACUCCUCCUCCUUCACCCAGGCCAUGCAAUAUGAGAUGGACCAUGGUCUGCCAGUCAUUCCAGCUGAAGCAGUCACUGGAGCAACAAAAUUCAGCUCAGGUGUUGGGAGAGGAGGGACGUUCUCUAAGAGUAAACUGUAAAUGGACAGAUGAAUGGAAAUGAGUCAGUAUGUGUAACUAUAUAAUACUGUUAAUUUUACAGUGAAUUACAGGUUAGAGUCUAUGAUGGACUGUUUCUUUGGUCCAGUCCAGGUCUGGGUUACGAUGAAGCUUGCACAUAGGUCUCUACUAAUAAUAUUGUCCAUAACUUGUAAUUAAACCUUUGUUAAAUUAUGUGUUAGUUUUUCAUUUUAAAGCUUGUAAAUCAUGAGAAUGUGCAUUUGUAAAUUUACCUCAGAUCAAGUUCUCAUUAUUAGUGUUUUUCUUAUAUUGCGAAUCAAAUGUAUUAAAGAUCAUACUGAAAAAAAUUUAGUGAAAUG